CGGCUGGCCCUGCCCUCGCCUGCGUAGGCCUCGGGUCAGGGUCACGAGUGCGCUUCCUGCGGCCCAGUGUGCUGACCCUCCGCGAAGGCCCCUUAACAGGAGCCCACCCGCGGGGAAAACUUGUUACAAAGCGGUGGAAAGCCAGGGCUGUGGGCUCUUUGAGUGGCUGGAGAGGGAGGAGACGGCUCACUGGGUUUCUUAUGUAGCUUUUUUUUUUUUUUUUAAUUUUUAUUGGGGUAUAGUUGCUUUAUAAUGUUGUGUAGGUUUCAGGUUACAAUAAAGUAAAUCAGUUGUACAUAUACAUAUAUCCACUUCUUUUUAGAUUCUUUUCCCGUGUAGGCCAUCACAGAGUAUUGAGUAGCGUUCCCUGUGCUAUACAUACGUAAAAUGGAGCAAUGACCAGAGUCUUGGUGGCAUCGAGGGCUGCCUGUCGAAGCUCAAAGCAGCAGAUCCGACCUUCGCCAUGGGCCACGCCAUCGCUAAUGGCCUCGUGCUGAUUGGCACUGGAAGCUCCGUGAGGCUGGACAAAGAGCUGGACCUGGCCGUGAAGACAAUGGUGGAGAUUUCCAAAACUCAGCCCCUGACACAGCGGGAGCAGCUGCACGUGUCUGCAGUAGAGACCUUUGCUAAGGGGAACUUUCCAAAAGCCUGUGAGCUGUGGGAACAGAUUCUCCAGGACCACCCAACAGAUAUGCUGGCCCUGAAAUUUUCCCAUGAUGCCUACUUUUACCUGGGCUACCAGGACCAGAUGCGAGAUUCUGUGGCUCGAGUUUAUCCCUUCUGGACACCCGACAUCCCCCUUAGCAGCUAUGUGAAAGGCAUCUAUUCUUUUGGACUGAUGGAAACCAACUUCUAUGAUCGGGCAGAAAAGCUCGCCAAAGAGGCUUUAUCUAUUGACCCAACGGACGCGUGGUCGGUGCACACCGUUGCCCAUAUUCACGAGAUGAGAGCAGAGGUCCAGGAUGGACUGGAGUUCAUGCAGCAGUCAGAAACCCACUGGAAGGACUCUGACAUUCUUGCUUGUCAUAAUUAUUGGCACUGGGCUUUAUAUCUGAUCGAAAAGGGCGAAUACGAGGCCGCGCUGACCAUUUACGAUGACCACAUCCUCCCCAGCCUGCAGGCCAGCGGGACGAUGCUGGACGUGGUGGACAACUGCUCCAUGCUCUACCGGCUGCAGAUGGAAGGGGUGUCUCUAGGUGAGCGGUGGCAAGAUGUCCUGCCUGUGACCCAGAAGCACAGCCAAGACCACAUCCUGCUCUUCAACGAUGUGCACCUCCUGAUGGCAUCCCUGGGCGCUGGGGACUCCCAGACCACGCAGGCGCUGCUGAGCAGCCUGCAGGACUCCAGCAAGUCCCCAGGGGAGAACUGCCAGCACCUCCUGGCCCACGACGUGGGGCUGCCCUUGUGCCAGGCCCUGGUGGAGGCCCAGAACGGGAACCCCGACCGUGUGGUGGAACUGCUCCUGCCCAUCCGCUACCGGAUCGUCCAGAUCGGGGGCAGCAAUGCCCAGAGAGACGUCUUCAACCAGUUACUAAUUCACGCGGCCUUAAACUGCUCGUCUGGUGCCCACAAGCACGUGGCCCGGAGCCUUCUGAUGGAGCGAGACGCCUUGAAGCCCAACUCCCCACUGACUGCGAGGCUCAUCCACAAGGCGGCCGCCCUCCAUCUCCUGCAGUGAGCCGACCCGGCCUCCUGCCCCGCGGAGCCUCCCUGGUGGCCUCCCCGGCCGCCGGCCGGCCGCCCCACUGGUUUCGCAGGGUUACACGUAGCUGGUUAGGCCUGUAAAGCAGAAAGCCCUGGAACCAGCAUGUUAGGGGAAGAGGGGACAGAAAUCAAUUUUUAACAUGAUUCCAGAUCUUCUAAUCCUCCUUAAGGGCCAGGGUGCAGUUUUAAUCCGUCAGAGCCUAGGCAGGGGGCUGCUCUUCCCCUUGCCUUGCAAAUUGUGUUUUCCCAGGGGACCCUUAUACCUCCUGGUUGUUCUAGGGUUGGAAGGCAGGCAUGGGGUGGUGGUGGUCUCAGCUCGGGGAGGGGAGUCUCCCACCCAGCCCCUAGGGGCACUCCUCCCCUGACUCUAGGCUGCCCCUGGGAUAAACCCCUUCAUCCUGUCUUCCUCCCCAAAUUCCAGACAGGUUCUGUUGUCCCACCUUUUGGGUGAGGGUACCCACGGGGGGAAGUGACGUACCCAGGGUCAAGCCCAUGGAGGCCCUGCUGACAUUCACCUUAGGCCCCUGUGCUUCCUGGGAGAGGGACCCCCACCUCGCUGCCUGGGGCCUCGGCCCUUCUGCUGUCUCUGCAGAGAUGUCUGCAAGCUUCUCUCAUCUUUGAUGGUGCUGGUUUGGGCUUGUUUUCUCUUUAUUCUAAACUGCACCUUGUCAACCAUGAUUUUUUUUUUCUUUUAAUUUUUGUUUUAUCUUGGAAUAUAGUUGAUUUACAAUGUUGUGUUUGUUUCAGGUGUACAACAAAGUGAUUCAGUUAUACAUAUACACGCGUCUAUUCUUUUUCAAAUUCUUUUCCCAUUUAGGUUGUUACGGAAUAUUGAGCAGAGUUCGCUGUGCUCUACAGUAGGUCCUUGUUGAUUAUUUUUGUCAACCGUGAUUUUAAUCAUAGGAAUGUACACUCACUGAGCUGGUGUGCUUUCUGGAAUGUGAGGAUGGAGCUCAGAGGUUGCCUGGUUGUGGCAAAAACCUAAAGCGUUGUGAUGUGGCUUUAACAGGAUCUGAGCCAGUUUUAGAAAUGCUGCCUCGGUCUCCUUCCCCACUGGUAACCUGGCCCUGAUGCCCGCCCCCCAAAUCAACUGGACACAUUCCUGGGAUUAAAAUAAAGUGGUUAUUUGGUUCCUUUGA